AUGCCGGUGAAACCUAGAAGUUUCCGUUGGAGACCUCUGCUUGUGAUAACAGACUGGGAUGAAACUAUAACUACAGCGGAUACCAUCAGCCUUGUUGCCGAAGCGGCGUACUUGAGGAAACCACAAUUCAGCCCGAAGUUCGGCCAUUUCUCCAAGAUUUACUUGGAUUCUUACAAGCAAUACACUGACGACUUCAACAAAAAAUGGGGAGCUAGAGACCUGAUUCUCAAGGAGGAACAGUUUCAGAAGGGAAUGAAGCUGGUGGAAAUGUCAUCCAUCAAUGCUCUUGUAGAGAGUGGUCUUUUCAAGGAUUUGGAACAAGCUGAUUUCACUCAGCAAGCAACAAAAGUAUCGCUACGCCCUCACUUUAUUGACUUCCUUGUGCGAUGCCACCAGUUGGCAAUUCCCGUAGUGAUUCUCAGCAUCAACUGGACUGGACUAAUCAUACGAGAAUGUCUUAGAAAGCUGGAAAUUGACUUGAAAGAGAACAAUAUAACAAUUAAAACCAAUGAAUUCGAAUGGAAACCAUCUGAAAAUGGAAAUUUAGUAUCCACUGGAAAGUGGGACGGUUCACCAGAGGUGAGAACAGCUUUAGACAAGAAGAAUACCGUAGAGCAGCUAAAGAGACAAUAUGGGUCUGAUUUGUUGUAUGUCGGCGAUAGUUCCACGGACCUUUUGUCAAUGUUGCUGGUUCCUGUUGGUGUCGUUAUGACUGAUGGAUCGUUGACUCUGUCGCUUGCUCGAUUGGGUAUAGCCAGUGUUAACUUGAAGGAUGCGGUAGCGAAUAACGAGAACACUUUAUAUACUGGUGACUGGAAAGACCUAGCAGCCAUGCUAGAGUGA